AUGAAUAAGCACCCAUCACCGUUCCACAAGAUCAUAUCACGAAGUAAAGGAACGUUCACCGGUCGUAACUUUCUAGUGUCCGCGGAUUCCGUAUCAUGGACCCAUGUUCACACAUUAAAACUUACCCUGGAGGGACAACUUUAUUCCUAUGAUGAAGACGACACCAACCAAAUUUUACUACUCCAAUCACUACAAGCGUGUUACAUUCAAAUCUACCCUAAUAUCAGCACAUCUACACUCAACUCGUCAGGGUCAAAUCCUUCAUUAGGCACGGUGCCUGAAAAUUCUGUAAAAAAAGGUUUUAUUCGAAAAGCGGCAGAAGCAGCCACAGCUACGGCAACCACCCAUACAUCAGAUUUAGCCGUGGAUGAAAGCCAACUACCAGUCAUAUUCGUCAAGACAUAUGACAAUGAUAAACUCUACAUCAAGAUUCCUUCACAAUCCAACUUUGGGUGUCUCCUCGCCCUGCUUGUUGUCUGGCAAAACUUGCGUCCUCUGGGGUUGGCAAAGAAAUGGUAUUGUCAGAAUAAGCAUCGUCGAAAUUUACCCCUGAGUGAAUUAUUAGUUUGUCGAUUCAAGAUAUAUGGACCAAUUCCUCCUAAAUACCACCGGAAUUUGAAUAUUGUUCCUGGUUACCCUGCACCCGUAUACCAGGCUAGAAUUGAAGAUGACAUAUCGGGAGUAAAUGGUUCUGGAACCAUGACUUCAGAUGUUAAUGAAGGAUGGUUUUAUACCAUGGGUGCAUUGAACUCCAGCGGAGUCCUUAAUUUCAUUAGUGAAUUGGAUGGAACGUUACUUUAUUCCAUAGAUGUUAGGCAGAUCAUGUCCAGUGAAAUCCGAGAAGUACACAAUUCAAUAUUCAAUAAUUCCAAUGUGUUGUUUAUCGGCCAAUUAAAAGAACUAAGACACAAUAACGUAAUCAAGACCAUCUCCAAUUUGAGUGCUGACCAAUAUUCACAGCCAUUUUUAACCCGAGACGGGAAGCCUGUACCUAGUAACCAAAGAAUUCUUAUUGAGUUCCCUUUACACAUUGAUUUAGAAGAUUGGUUUGUUGGGUUGAAUUACUUUUGCAAACGAGAAUACAUUGGUUCAUUCAAUGAUAAGACCAAGCAUUUAGGGGGAGACGUUUUUAAUCCAGUUGCUCCUGUGAAGUCUAGCAAUCUGUUGGUGGAACCACCCAAAAUGUCUGAAUUCACAAAGUCAAGUUUCCGAGUGUCAAAGAAAAUCUCGAUUGAUAUCAUUGAAGCCAAAUUUGACAAUAUGCCUUAUCGUGCUUCAGGUAAAAUAUAUGCUGAAACGAGAAUGUGGGGAUACCCUUGGUCAAGAACAGCUCCUGUCAACUUCACCGCCAAUCCAUUUUGGAAAGAACAUUUUCUGACUGAUUUACCCAUAUCUACUCAAAUGAUCCAUAUCUUGAUCAAGAGAUGCAAUAACCGUUCCAAUAUUCCACUGAGUUCGGACAAGUUAAUAGGGACAGUUUAUGUGACUCCCGAUAUCCUCACCAAUCAAAUCAACUCCAGUUCAACUAUUAUAAACAUGGGAGAAGCAGCAAAUGGCAAUAGCCACCUUGCCACAGGUGAUAUCGUUCGGUUGACCAUCCACGACUCAAAUAAUAUCCCCAUUGGUAAACUUGUGGUUGAUGUCAAUCUUCGUGAGUUUCAUAUUCUUUCACCAGCACAUUUCAAACCAUUGGAGAGGAUGUUGGCAAACCCCACCCCCAUGAAAGAUUUGAUCCAAUUUUGUAAUAAGCAUGUUCCAAGUUCUGAUUUUGAAAAUGUCAGUUUGAUACUUUUAGAUAUUUUCCAAAGUUUAGGUGUGGAAGAUGCCUGGUUUAAGAAUUUGAUUGAAACUGAGUUGGUUCAUGUUGAUAUGACUACGCGAAAGAACUAUCAUAAAAGAAAUAGUGAUCAAAAUCCAAAGAAGCAUGAACGAGGAUUACUGUCCCUGACUAACGUUUUCAAUACUUUAUUCCGUGGUAGUUCGAUUUUCUCGAAAUCUCUUGAGAAAUAUAAUCUUCGAAUUGGCCAAGAGUAUCUCGAAAAAGUAUUUGGUGACUUCUUUGUCAAGAUAAGCAGAGAGAAUAAGAAUUGUGAAGUUGAUCCAAGAUAUGUUAGAUUACAGGAGCGUGCUAGACGAAAGGGGAGAACUGUUGAACAACAGCAAGAGCUGUCAUCGGAUGACGACGAGGAUGAAGAAGACGAAGAAGAAAUAGACGAUGACUAUAUUGAUCAACUUGUUAAUCAGAACUUCAAUAAUUUAAUGAGCUAUGUGGAAGAAAUUUGGUACAAGAUCUACAUCACUUCCAAUGAUAUUCCCAAACAAAUUAAGCUUCAACUCAAAAAUUUCCGCACCAAAGUUGAAUUGGCCUGUGAUCCAAGUGACCAUACCACAAGUUUAAAUUGUAUCAGUGCUUUUAUUUUCCUUCGAUUCUUUUGUCCUGCUAUUCUUAAUCCAAAAUUAUUUCAUUUGACCAAAAAUCAUCAAACUGGUACCGCACAAAGAACCCUAACCUUAAUUGCCAAGAUUCUUCUUAAUUUGGCCAACCGUCAGGAAUUCACCCCGCUUAAAGAACCACACCUUGUUAAGAUGAAUUCCUUCAUCACGAGCCAUACCGAUGAAAUUUAUGAUUAUUUUGAUAAGAUUACCGACCGGAAGAACGAUUUCAAUGAGAGGAUUCUUAAUUUAAGUCAUGAUGUUAAACGAUUUGAUUUAGGAUUAGAUGACCUGACUAGCAGUGAAUUACCUACCACGCCAUAUUUGAUUGACAAGUAUUUACGGCUAACAGAAAUUAUCCAUAUCUUGGACUAUAGCAAGAAUUCGCCAGGAACAACACUUACAUCUUCGCCUGCGAAUGGACACGUGGAAAUGUUUAGAGAUAUUAAAGUAGACCAUGAAAGAAAUGUAUACCAAAUUGGAUCGCUUGAGUUUGAAAAGUCCGAUUUCUUGGAUCUUGCGGGAGAUAAUGAAACUGAAGGAUUUAUCAAAUCGCUUUGUCAGAAUAAUGAAGAGAUUUUCUCGUUUAUAAGCUCGAACAUCACCCUUCAAGAUCUUCAAAAGCAAAGCACAAAAUUAAUGGCGAAAAUCCAUACCUUGGAAAGAUACCUUGAUUGUAGUGAAUACCCCAUCAAUUUCCAACUGGUUGAUCCAUUAUUAUGGGAUCUGUUCACUUAUGACAUUUUGAAUAAUCGCGUAUACUUGGAUACAACGAGAAACUGUAUUAUCUCCGUGGAUGUACCACCCCCACCACUGCAGUAUAAACGAUUGGCUGAAUCCAAUGCAUUGGCCAGUCUUAAGCUUAGAUUCACAACCACCAGUAGUAAUUUCAGAAAUUCUAUGGUGGAUAGUGAUUCCGUAAGUCGGAUCAGCUUAUCGUUUAGUAGUCAUAGUUUGGGUAUAGGACGUGGCUCGAACACCAAGAAUCCGUUCAAGAAAUGGUUGAGAAGAAAUUAA